AUGCGCCUUCACUCUCAUUCCCCUCCCAUUCUCUCAUUCCGUGCGCCUGCACUCUCAUUCCCCUCUCAUUCCCCUCUCCUUCUCUCAUUCCGUGAGCCUUCACUCUCAUUCCCCUCUCAUUCUCUCAUUCCGUGCGCCUUCACUCUCAUUCCCCUCGGUUUCUCUUUUUCCGUGCGCCUUCAAUCUCAUUCCCCUCUCAUUCCCCUCUCAUUCUCUCAUUCCGUGCGCCUGCACUCUCAUUCCCCUCUCAUUCCCCUCUCAUUCUCUCAUUCCGUGCGCCUGCACUCUCAUUCCCCUCUCAUUCCCCUCUCAUUCUCUCAUUCCGUGCGCCUGCACUCUCAUUCCCCUCUCAUUCCCCUCUCAUUCUCUCAUUCAGUCCGCCUGCACUCUCAUUCCCCUCUCAUUCCCCUCUCAUUCUCUCAUUCCGUGCGCCUUCACUCUCAUUCCCCUCGGUUUCUCUUUUUCCGUGCGCCUUCAAUCUCAUUCCCCUCUCAUUCCCCUCUCAUUCUCUCAUUCCGUGUGCCUGCACUCUCAUUCCCCUCUCAUUCCCCUCUCAUUCUCUCAUUCCGUGCGCCUGCACUCUCAUUCCCCUCUCAUUCCCCUCUCAUUCUCUCAUUCCGUGCGCCUGCACUCUCAUUCCCCUCUCAUUCCCCUCUCAUUCUCUCAUUCAGUCCGCCUGCACUCUCAUUCCCCUCUCAUUCCCCUCUCAUUCUCUCAUUCCGUGCGCCUGCACUCUCAUUCCCCUCUCAUUCCCCUCUCAUUCCCCUCUCAUUCUCUCAUUCCGUGCGCCUGCACUCUCAUUCCCCUCUCAUUCCCCUCUCAUUCUCUCAUUCCGUGCGCCUGCACUCUCACUCCCCUCUCAUUCCCCUCUCAUUCUCUCAUUCCGUCCGCCUGCACUCUCAUUCCCCUCUCAUUCCCCUCUCAUUCUCUCAUUCCGUGCGCCUGCACUCUCAUUCCCCUCUCAUUCCCCUCUCAUUCUCUCAUUCCGUGCGCCUGCACUCUCAUUCCCCUCUCAUUCCCCUCUCAUUCUCUCAUUCAGUCCGCCUGCACUCUCAUUCCCCUCUCAUUCCCCUCUCAUUCUCUCAUUCCGUGCGCCUGCACUCUCAUUCCCCUCUCAUUCCCCUCUCAUUCUCUCAUUCAGUCCGCCUGCACUCUCAUUCCCCUCUCAUUCCCCUCUCAUUCUCUCAUUCCGUGCGCCUGCACUCUCAUUCCCCUCUCAUUCCCCUCUCAUUCUCUCAUUCCGUGCGCCUGCACUCUCAUUCCCCUCUCAUUCCCCUCUCUUUCUCUCAUUCCGUGCGCCUGCACUCUCACUCCCCUCUCAUUCCCCUCUCAUUCUCUCAUUCCGUCCGCCUGCACUCUCAUUCCCCUCUCAUUCCCCUCUCAUUCUCUCAUUCCGUCCGCCUGCACUCUCAUUCCCCUCUCAUUCCCCUCUCAUUCUCUCAUUCCGUGCGCCUGCACUCUCAUUCCCCUCUCAUUCCCCUCUCAUUCUCUCAUUCAGUCCGCCUGCACUCUCAUUCCCCUCUCAUUCCCCUCUCAUUCUCUCAUUCCGUGCGCCUGCACUCUCAUUCCCCUCUCAUUCCCCUCUCAUUCUUUCAUUCAGUCCGCCUGCACUCUCAUUCCCCUCUCAUUCCCCUCUCAUUCCCCUCUCAUUCUCUCAUUCCGUGCGCCUGCACUCUCAUUCCCCUCUCAUUCCCCUCUCAUUCUCUCAUUCCGUGCGCCUGCACUCUCAUUCCCCUCUCAUUCCCCUCUCUUUCUCUCAUUCCGUGCGCCUGCACUCUCACUCCCCUCUCAUUCCCCUCUCAUUCUCUCAUUCCGUCCGCCUGCACUCUCAUUCCCCUCUCAUUCUCUCAUUCCGUCCGCCUGCACUCUCAUUCCCCUCUCAUUCCCCUCUCAUUCCCCUCUCAUUCUCUCAUUCCGUGCGCCUGCACUCUCAUUCCCCUCUCAUUCCCCUCUCAUUCUCUCAUUCCGUGCGCCUGCACUCUCAUUCCCCUCUCAUUCCCCUCUCAUUCUCUCAUUCAGUCCGCCUGCACUCUCAUUCCCCUCUCAUUCCCCUCUCAUUCUCUCAUUCCGUGCGCCUGCACUCUCAUUCCCCUCUCAUUCCCCUCUCAUUCUCUCAUUCAGUCCGCCUGCACUCUCAUUCCCCUCUCAUUCCCCUCUCAUUCUCUCAUUCCGUGCGCCUGCACUCUCAUUCCCCUCUCAUUCCCCUCUCAUUCUCUCAUUCCGUGCGCCUGCACUCUCAUUCCCCUCUCAUUCCCCUCUCUUUCUCUCAUUCCGUGCGCCUGCACUCUCACUCCCCUCUCAUUCCCCUCUCAUUCUCUCAUUCCGUCCGCCUGCACUCUCAUUCCCCUCUCAUUCCCCUCUCAUUCUCUCAUUCCGUCCGCCUGCACUCUCAUUCCCCUCUCAUUCCCCUCUCAUUCUCUCAUUCCUUGCACCAUCUCUCGCAUUCCCCUCUACUCCUCUUCUCACGUGCGCGUCCUCUCGUUCCCCUCUGAAUCUCUCCAGUGCGCCCUCUCUCUCUUCCCUCUGUUUCUCUUCAAGUCUGCACUCUUUCUCUCGUCCCUUUCUCUCGUGCACUCUUCUCAAGGCCUCAUAUGCUUCGCGCUGCCCUUUGAACAAGAUAAUGAUGCCUCUAGUAAUGCUGCUGUAUCUGGUGCUGAUGAUGAUGGUGGGGAGGGACCUCAACCAGGUGCUGCACUGGCGGAAGAGGAAAAUCCCCCUCAGUUUAACCUCAAGGAUGCUCUUGCGCAUUGGAUCCUCUCCAACCGACUCUCUAUCAGUCAGGUUAACGCUCUCUUGGAAAUCCUGCGCAAGAGCAUUCUUGAAAUCCAAGAUUGGAAGUCCUAUCGAGACGUGCAGGCGUACGCUGAGUCUAGGGCGACGGAUGGCCACCGAGGUUGGCGACGAAAGACCAUCCGGUCACGUAACAAGGCGUGGCUGGAGUAUUGGUACUGUGAUCCCCUGAUUGCUCUGCAGGACCUGUUGAAGAACCCCAAGUUGGCUGCCAAGAUGGUGUUCCAUGCAGAUCCUCAAUACGUUGGGAACGUGAGGGUGUACAGUACCCCCGAAACAGGCCUAUGGUGGGAGAGGUUGCAAACUUUGGUGCGGGGGGAGGAUCCGGAUGGAGUUGUGGCUGCUUUGAUUUUUGCGAGUGACGAGACGCAUAUGGAUCAUAGAGGGAAGGCGAAGGGUCAUCCUGUGUAUCUCACGUUGGGUAACAUUGAUAAGGACGAUAGGUGGCAACCCUUUGGGCGCGUGCUACUAGCACUGCUCCCUGAGUUUCCUGCAGAGUACAACGUAGUGGACAAGAUGCAAGUCCACAAUUACAUCAUGCGAGAGGUGCUGCAAUCUCUUAAGACGGCAUCCUACACCGGCAUAGCUAUGAAGAAUGCUGCAGGCGAGUCUAUCAACGUGUGGCCCUACUUGUGGGAGUCCGACACCAUUCUCAACCCGUACCUUGCGGUGCUGCCCGAUGUGAUGCACCAAGCAGAUUUGGGCAUUUACGAGCACAUUGUCGACUUCAUUCGCGCGCAUGUGAAGUUACUGGCAGAUAGAAAGAAGCUGGACAGGAUCCUUAGGAUGUUACACAACCUCAAGACCGCAUUCCCGCACACGUCGGAUUGGAACUUCAUUAAGAUGCACCUCAUCAGUCACUACAUAGACUCCAUUCGUAGGUCGGGCCUGCCCGAGCACUAUUCUGCACAACUAUACGAGCACCUACACAUAGAGUACAUUAAAAACCCUUACAGGGCGUCGAAUAAACGGUCAGUCAAUAGCCAGAUCGUCGGCAGUGAAGAGGCACGACUUCGUCUUCAGUAUAUCGCGCCCCAGCUCAUGGCGAAGAAGAAGUAUGACACCGCCAUGGUGAAGGUGCCGGACGCGAAGCGUGAUGGCCCGUUGCAGGCCAUCAUCGGCGAGGAGUUGAAACACUUGCGUGCGGCAUUGGAUAGGGCACCUGGCUGUGACGGCAAUGGGGAAGCUAUCAAGGAAGUACAUGUCCACUGGGAACUCGCCAUGCCAGCUGCGGUUGAUGCGCAGUAUAGUCGCCUGCCGCACCGCAUCCGCGCCCUGCCCAUGCACCAUGGCCGUCAAUGGUUUUCUGAUGUGGCGGUCAAAGGUGAGGGCUCAUACGGGGACGAGGAGUGGUUUGCGAAAACCAUUCUGUUGUUUCAUGCCAAGGUUGCGGGCACGGUUAAAAUCUAUGCGUUCGUCAAGUACUACAGGGAACAGGCCAGCGUUGAUGCAGCCACCAAGUGCAAGCUGGGAGAUGACGUUAUUACAGAAGAGAUUAAGAGGCGGCAGUUAGCUAAAGAGACUGCCUUAAAAACAGCUGCAGUCAACACUCUCCACGGCGCUCCCACGGUUGGUAAGACGGCAGCUGCAGGCCGUCGGGGCGGGUCUAAGAGGAAACGUGCUGCCGCCGGCUCUGGUGCGCGUGGUCGAUCCUCUGGUGCGAAUGGCAACAUUCCUGCAGGCUCGCCAUCCGCUGACAACCCUACCGCCGGCACUUCGUCAGAAGCAGAAGGCGCGAACCCUGCACCGGUGGCAGAAGCAACGGACUCCACGCAAAACGGCGCACCAACCACAGGCGGCAUAGUCUGCGGUUCGCGUCUAAACCCUGAUACUGGAGCUCUCCCUGCACCCCCCGUUCCUGCCGCCGGAGCCCCGGGUCCGAUGAUGGCAGCAGUGAUUGAGGCCGCAGAGGAGGGCGGCGUGGAUCCCUUCAUCGCAUACGCCGGCAUCGAAGCUGGUAGCGAUGACGAAGACGGGAACGACGACGAUGCAGAUGAUGCUGACGGCGUCCAAGCGGGAAACGACGAUGAGUUGCGCGCAGCGGAGGUUCGGGCGGCGGAAGUGUGCGCGGCGGAGGUUCGGGCGGCGGAGCUUCGGGCGGCGGAGGUCCGGGCGGCGGAGCUUCGGGCGGCGGAAAUUCGGGCGGCAGAGCUUCGAGCGGCGGAGCUUCGGGCGGCGGAGGUUCGCGCGGCGGAGGACCGCGCGGCUGCGGUUCGCGCGGCAGAUGUGCGCUCUGCGGAGGCUCGCCAGGAUGAGCUGGCGCCGCACACCUCGCAGCCUAAUAACCCGGCAGCACUCGCAAGGCGUGAACGGUCGCAAGUUGCUGGUGCACACCAUUUCAGGGAAGCACGACAGCUGGAGGCGCAGUUGCGUGACCUGCAGAACACGGUCUCCACUCUGAACGCGCAGCUGCAGGAGGCUCGGGCCAGGAUGAAGGCGGUGGAGGCGGAACGCGAUAGUCUGAAAACGCAGUUGGAGUCGAUGCAGCGACAGCUCUCAGAGGAAGUCGCUGGAACGAGCGCGGACAUGGGCGCCCUUCGGGACCCUUCCGACCCCCAGGAUAUGGUGGGUAAAACCUACGCCUGGCUCAUCACCCUUGCCCCUGCAGGAGAGAUGGAGUUCUAUCCACUGUGGGAAGAAUUCCAGCCACAUUUGGUGCGCAAGUACAUAGCCGAGGGGACCACGCAAGAUGAGUACUACCUCUUCAUGGGCGGGAACAGCAAGCGCAUUGAACGGGCGCUGAAGGUGAUUGGCUGCAAACGUGCGAACAUGAACAAGCCGAUCAAGCUCUGGGCAUGGGGUGCUGGUGGCGUCAUUGACGAGGAGAAAUGGUUCCUCUUGAAGGUUGGUGGCAUCACACCAACAAAGGCGCGUGAUGAAAAAGGCUGGGUGGAGCAGUUCAAACACCCGAAGUACGGCUAUGACUGGCACUGCUCUGCUCAGGGCCGCCCUUUCGCUGCUGCGGCCUUUGAGCUGGCAGUCAAGAAGGCUUUUGUCAGCGCCCGGUGCAACAUGUUUGCAGUGAAGAUCCCAGCAGUCGGCUAUCUUUGCAACGUGGUUGAAUGGCCAUUGGAGAACCACAAGGGCAAGAAGGGUCAUGCAUCUCUUGACAACAACGAGACCAACAACCGCAACAACGUGCAUGCCAAGACAAGGGUGGUGGCGGCAUGGCUGAAGGAAACCCUUGAAAGGGAGCCUGCCACAUUCAAGAUCGAUGAGCCGAAGGGGUUCGAGAUGGGUGUUGGGAAAGGCGCGCCGCUGUUGCUGCUGCAGCGGCAGCUGGCAUCCGUGUUCACGCCGUUCGCCGAUAGACUGGACUCUCGAGCGUUGAGCGUAAUGAAGCAACCUGACUCUCCCUUCCAUUCGCCGCCCUCCCUUCCGCCCGUCGCCCUCCCUCCGCUCGUCGCCCUCCCUUCCGCCCGUCGCCCUCCUAUCCGCCCGUCGCACUCCCUUCCGCCCGUCACACUCCCUUUCGCCCGCCGCCCUUUCUUCCCCUCGUCGCGCUCCCUUCCGCCCGCCGCCCUUCCUUCCCCUCGUCGCGCUCCCUUCCGCCCGCCGCCCUUCCUUCCCCUCGUCGCGCUCCCUUCCGCUCGUUGCCCCCCUUCGCCUCGUCGCCCAUCUUCCCGCUCGUCCCCUCGCAAUCUUCGUCUCUCUCGCCCUCCCAUCCACUCCACGUUGCCCUCGCCAUCCCUCCCUUCCCAGCUUCCCCCAAUCCCCUUCCCAUCCCGUUCCCUGCUUCCCCCCAUCCCCUUCUCUGCUUCCCCCCAUCCCUUCCCUGCUUCCCCCCAUCCCCUUCUCUGCUUCCCCCCAUCCCGUUCCCUGCUUCCCCCCAUUCCCUACCCUGUUUCCCCGUAUCCCCUUCCCUGCUUCCCCCCAUCCCCUUCUCUGCUUCCCCCCAUCCCGUUCCCUGCUUCCCCCCAUCCCCUUCUCUGCUUCCCCCCAUCCCGUUCCCUGCUUCCCCCCAUUCCCUACCCUGUUUCCCCGUAUCCCCUUCCCUGCUUCCCCCCCCCCCAUCCCCUUCUCUGCUUCCCCCCCAUCCCGUUCCCUGCUUCCCCCCAUCCCCUUCUCUGCUUUCCCCCAUCCCGUUCCCUGCUUCCCCCCAUCCCCUUCUCUGCUUCCCCCCAUCCCGUUCCCUGCUUCCCCCCAUUCCCUACCCUGUUUCCCCGUAUCCCCUUCCCUGCUUCCCCCCAUCCCCUUCUCUGCUUCCCCCCCAUCCCGUUCCCUGCUUCCCCCCAUCCCCUUCUCUGCUUCCCCCCAUCCCGUUCCCUGCUUCCCCCCAUUCCCUACCCUGUUUCCCCGUAUCCCCUUCCCUGCUUCCCCCCAUCCCCUUCUCUGCUUCCCCCCAUCCCGUUCCCUGCUUCCCCCCAUCCCCUUCUCUGCUUCCCCCCAUCCCGUUCCCUGCUUCCCCCCAUUCCCUACCCUGUUUCCCCGUAUCCCCUUCCCUGCUUCCCCCCAUCCCCUUCUCUGCUUCCCCCCAUCCAGUUCCCUGCUUCCCCCCAUCCCCUUCUCUGCUUCCCCCCAUCCCGUUCCCUGCUUCCCCCCAUUCCCUACCCUGUUUCCCCGUAUCCCCUUCCCUGCUUCCCCCCAUCCCCUUCUCUGCUUCCCCCCAUCCCGUUCCCUGCUUCCCCCCAUCCCCUUCUCUGCUUCCCCCCAUCCCGUUCCCUGCUUCCCCCCAUUCCCUACCCUGUUUCCCCGUAUCCCCUUCCCUGCUUCCCCCCCCCCCCAUCCCCUUCUCUGCUUCCCCCCCAUCCCGUUCCCUGCUUCCCCCCAUCCCCUUCUCUGCUUUCCCCCAUCCCGUUCCCUGCUUCCCCCCAUCCCCUUCUCUGCUUCCCCCCAUCCCGUUCCCUGCUUCCCCCCAUUCCCUACCCUGUUUCCCCGUAUCCCCUUCCCUGCUUCCCCCCAUCCCCUUCUCUGCUUCCCCCCCAUCCCGUUCCCUGCUUCCCCCCAUCCCCUUCUCUGCUUCCCCCCAUCCCGUUCCCUGCUUCCCCCCAUUCCCUACCCUGUUUCCCCGUAUCCCCUUCCCUGCUUCCCCCCAUCCCCUUCUCUGCUUCCCCCCAUCCCGUUCCCUGCUUCCCCCCAUCCCCUUCUCUGCUUCCCCCCAUCCCGUUCCCUGCUUCCCCCCAUUCCCUACCCUGUUUCCCCGUAUCCCCUUCCCUGCUUCCCCCCCCCCCAUCCCCUUCUCUGCUUCCCCCCCAUCCCGUUCCCUGCUUCCCCCCAUCCCCUUCUCUGCUUUCCCCCAUCCCGUUCCCUGCUUCCCCCCAUCCCCUUCUCUGCUUCCCCCCAUCCCGUUCCCUGCUUCCCCCCAUUCCCUACCCUGUUUCCCCGUAUCCCCUUCCCUGCUUCCCCCCAUCCCCUUCUCUGCUUCCCCCCCAUCCCGUUCCCUGCUUCCCCCCAUCCCCUUCUCUGCUUCCCCCCAUCCCGUUCCCUGCUUCCCCCCAUUCCCUACCCUGUUUCCCCGUAUCCCCUUCCCUGCUUCCCCCCAUCCCCUUCUCUGCUUCCCCCCAUCCCCUUCCCUGCUUUCCCCCAUCCCGUUCCCUGCUUCCCCCCAUCCCCUGCAAUGCUUCCCCCCAUCGCCUUUCCUGCUCCCCCCCAUUCCUUCCCUCACUCACUCAUUCCUUCCUACCCUCACUCAUUCGUUGCCACCCUAACGGAUUUCUUCCCACCCUCUCUCAUUCCUUCCCAUCCUUUCUCAUGCAAAUCACCUCCUCCCCCACCAUCCUCAUAACAUAUUACCUGCCCUCUCCCCCAGACUCCACCCACCCGCCCUCCCCAUCCCUGCCUUUCCCUCCCUGCCCUGUCCUUCCCUUCCCCAUCCCUUCUCAAACCUUCCCUUCCCCAUCCCUUCUCAAACCUUCCCUUCCCCAUCCCUUCUCAAACCUUCCCUUCCCCAUCCCUUCUCAAACCUUCCCUUCCCCAUCCCUUCUCAAACCUUCCCUUCCCCAUCCCUUCUCAAACCUUCCCUUCCCCAUCCCUUCUCAAACCUUCCCUUCCCCAUCCCUUCUCAAACCUUCCCUUCCCCAUCCCUUCUCAAACCUUCCCUUCCCCAUCCCUUCUCAAACCUUCCCUUCCCCAUCCCUUCUCAAACCUUCCCUUCCCCAUCCCUUCUCAAACCUUCCCUUCCCCAUCCCUUCUCAAACCUUCCCUUCCCCAUCCCUUCUCAAACCUUCCCUUCCCCAUCCCUUCUCAAACCUUCCCUUCCCCAUCCCUUCUCAAACCUUCCCUUCCCCAUCCCUUCUCAAACCUUCCCUUCCCCAUCCCUUCUCAAACCUUCCCUUCCCCAUCCCUUCUCAAACCUUCCCUUCCCCAUCCCUUCUCAAACCUUCCCUUCCCCAUCCCUUCUCAAACCUUCCCUUCCCCAUCCCUUCUCAAACCUUCCCUUCCCCAUCCCUUCCCCCUCACUCCUCACCUUCUGCCCUGUUGUUCCCAUGCGUGUGCACCCAUCUAUUUCCCCAUACAUACUUUCAUCAUGUGCGCUUGCUUGUAUUCCCUUGCCAUUGUUCCGUUGCACCUCACACCACCUCCCCCAUGUUUCUUCACUUGCUUCUUUCUUCCAGUCUCCGCUAA